AUGUCCCGUGCUGGCGACACUUUGUACAUUGCUGGUAUGCGCGGCAUCGUCCCGCUGGACAACAGCCUCGCGCCCGAGGGGCUUCCACGCAUUCGCCAAGCCUUCCAGAACAUGAAGAAGCUUGCCGAGUUUGCGGACGUGGAGCUCUAUGACUGUGUCCGCCUCGUCGUCUACGUGACCGACAUGUUCCGGUACCGGCCCUUGGUCAACCAAGUACAGAUUGAGCUUUGGGGUACCGACGCGAACAAGUACCCGCCCCGCACGAUCAUUGAGGUCGAUCGCCUCAACCAGGAUGACAUUGUCGAGGUUGAGGGAACAUUCUACAUGCCUCGAUUGUCGUUCAUCCGUCGGCGGGACAUGAGACGUGCCUUUACUUUCGUCAAGCUGUUCAGCGCGAGACACAACGUGUAA